AUGGAAUGGAACGAGCCAAUGCCUAGCUUCACUGUCGGAGAACUCUCGAGAUACUUUGAACAGAUUAGGUUACCUGAGGAGUUACGACAUUCCACUCGUAGAGACAUAGAUGCCCGAGACGCUCGAGCGAAGAUCGAAUUUAUUUAUACUGUGUUCUACUACCACGCUAGCAAUAUCCCGUGGCAAGGCUUGGCCUCCGGUAAUCACUGUCCACAUCGAGCCCUAGAAAGGAUCUACAACAGCGGAUACGGCAGACCGCAAGUCUUUCCCUAUCGGAACGAGGACGAAGUAAACUGGGGAGGACAUGCUCUUGAUAACCUUGAGCACAACAUCGUUAUGGCAGCGGCUCUGCUGGCCCUCGGGUACGAUGUAUACCCUACAGCUGUCAGUACUACAAUUCCAACGGAUCAUUGUCAUUUUGUCAACAUCGUGACGAUUGAAGGAUCCCGCUUCAUGCUAGACCUCGGUUCUGGUUGCAACAAUCCACCGUCUCCGAUGGACCUUAACUACAAUCAAGCAAACUCCAGCGCCGGGGAUCCUAGAAUAUAUACUCAAGACCUCGUUGGGUGGGUAGCUUUUACCGGCGGUUUUACCCGCGUCCUCGAAAUCGGUGCAGUUCCAGAAGAACCCCUCGAAUCCCACAUCAGUAGCAUUGUCGAUUUUGAUGAAAAUAUGAUUGCCUGGUUCGGAAUGGGGGGUGGGUGGCGGGGAUUAUGGGCUUACCAGAGAUAUCGGCCUCAGGAAGCGGGUGUAGACAGUCCCCAGGCCGACGAUGGCGACGCGGACGACGGGAACGAUGGGGACGACGCUGAUGAUGAUGACAAUGAGGACGACGAGGAUAACGAGGAUGCAGUGAGCGAGUGGGACUGGGGGUACGACGACGAUGACUAA